AUGCAUAUGACACAAGUUUUUUACUUGCUCAAACCAGUCAUCCUGACGCUCUUAGAAACCGAUAUCACAAAUUCUACAAAAACAAUUACAUCAAAGUUGCCAUUUCGUGUCGAGUACGGUGUGGACAUAGACCAAUACUUCUACCCAAUAACAAUUCACUGUUAUCUAGCUGUCUUCGCUCACGUAUUUAGUACAAUCGCGGUUGACUCCUUAUAUUGUAUAUUGAUCCAGCAUGCCUGUGGAAUGUUCUCCAUCAUUGGACAUAUGCUAGAGGAAAUUGGUAAAAAUAAUGAUAUUAAUUUUCAUCUGAAGCGAAAUAAAAUAGAAGACGAUGAUUACAAGAUGGCACUAGAUUGCUUGCGCAGACAUCUACAAGCAAUAAAAUUUGCGGAAUUAAUCGAGUCUACGUAUACAAAGAUAUUUCUGAUCAGCGUUAAUCUAAAUAUGAUUGGUGGAAGCAUAACCGGUAUACACAUGGUAAUGAAUUUAGGCAAAGGUGCUAGGGAGAUAGCAGCACCUAUGGCUAUUUAUAUUGCGCAACUUGUUCAUAUCUUUCUCCAGUUCUGGCAAGCACAGUUUCUGUUAGAUUACAGUAUUAUUCCAUGCGAAUCUAUGUAA